AUGGCUGACAAGCAACAAAUGGAGGCCGAGGGAGCCGAAUAUGACAGGAAGGAGCUUCUCAACAAGCGCGCGUGUGACCAAUGUCGUCUCAGAAAGAUACGUUGCGAUAAGCGAUCACCAUGCUCGAAUUGUCGCAGUGCAGGAAUCGUCUGCCGCUCAACAGGUGCAGGGCAGAAACCCAAGGAGGAUCGCAGGCGGGUUCUAAUUUCUAGCCAGUACGAGAAGAAGAUCGAUCUUAUCGAGGAACGUCUGGGUAAUAUUGAAGAAGUCCUUCUUGAGUUGAAAUCUAGCCUUGCUCGCAAUCCCACUACCGCUGAGCAGUGCUACCACGCGACUCCUGUCUCGAAGCAAAUGUCUCCAGAUACAUCUGGCUUCGCUUCCAAUACAACAGCCGCGUUGGAACAUGAGUCUGGUACUGGGUUUGAGGGCAACUCAUCCCUCGCGGCUCAUUCCGCCUACGCAAGUGCGUUUCUAGAGACCGUCGUUUCGCGAAGCGCGCCUCAAGUUUCUACCCCGAAGAUCAAUGCAGCGCUCGCGGCACUAAGGCAGAUCGUGAACAUGCAGAGUCACCCACCUGGGUCUUCGUCAAAAGACGUUCCAUUGCCGAAUCAGAAAAGCGGCCGGAGUUCGAACUUGCGAGACUUGGUCAUGCCCCCAACUGAGGUGGUUCUGCCAAUUUUGCGCCAAAUAAAAGAAAAUCUUCCUUUGGCCUUCGCAUGCUACUUUCCUUUCCUCAGUGUUGAUGACUUUAUCCAGAAAUGCCGCGAGGUGUACUUUGCAACAGAAGAUUACUCUGACGCCACUUUCAUGGUAGUUAAUUGCGGCUUGUAUCAUAUCUUUCUUGAGUAUAGCUACUUUGCGGAAAGUCCACGGAUUCGAGACGAUUACCAGAAGUACAUCCAGCUUUGCCGAAAAAAUUUCGAAUCCGUGCUAGCAAACUUGACAUUGUUGAUGCCGGCAAGACCGGAGUUAAUUGAAGCGCUUACCCUGGGAGCUAUUCAUGCCAUUGAAAUAUCCAAACCUUCGUUUGCCUGGACGCUGACGUCAAAUGCAGCUCGGCUGUGUCAGAAUCUUGGAUAUCACCGGAGUUCAUCGAUGAAUCAGUUUAGCGACAACGAGAAAGCAAAAGCGCUUCCGCUCUUUUUGUGUGUUUACUGUCUCGACAAGGCUCUUUCACUCAGACUAGGACGUGCAUCAUCUAUACAGGAUUAUGAUAUUACCAUCCCUGAGGAUUUAGGAGGGCACGAAGUCGACGAACCUUGGAGAACAAUGUAUCAUCUAUGGGUGAAAAUCGCUGGGAUUCAAGGAAAGGUUUACGAGCAGCUUUACAGUCCGGCGGCUUUAAGUCGACCGGAAUGCGAAAGGGUACUUUGCGCUCGUCAAUUGGCGUCGGAGAUGGAAGUAGCCGUCAUGGAACCAUUCAAGGAGCUCGAAAGGUCGUCUCGUCCUCUAUCGGAAACUGAAGGCUUCUUGAUUAAAUCGGAUGAAGUCAGCAGGUUGGCUAUAUUGACUUUAAUAUACAGAGCGAUUCCUGCAUCAGGGGCAUCCACCACCACUUUUGUAACCGAAUGCAUAGAGACGGCACGGGCUGCAUUGGAGUCGCAUCAGGUUUGCAUGACAAGUUUGAGGGAAAGUAACGAGGCUAUGAAAUGCUCAUAUCUGCAUUGGUCCAUUCUCUACUCGCCGUUUGUCCCAUUUAUAGUUCUCUUUUGCCACGUCAUUGAGACUUCCUCUCGAGACGAUCUCGCGAGACUAGAAGACUUUGUGUCCUCACUCGGACCUAACUGUUUCCUUUCCGAGGCCAUCACGAAACUACAUAGCCUUUGUCAAGUACUCAGCAACGUUGCGACGCUAUAUGUAGAGGCGAGAGCACAGGCCCGGAUACAGGAAAACCAGGAUCUAGCAUCUGUGGGUCAGGAGUUCGAUACAUAUCUGAGUGCUCUUGGCUUGGCCCCUGCAUCAGGAGGCGGCGGUUUCCGUUGGAAUACUGCUGCGUCGGAUUCUUUGGCAGCAAGGUCUAUGCCUGCACUUGAGAAUAGUAUGGAAGGACAUGACCUUCCAGCUGGCGUCAUACCACAGACACAACUGGGAAGCUGGUUUUCUGGAAACCAGCAUAUGAUGGGAUUGUUGGAAGAAGAUAUGUCAUUAUGGGAUCCGGCUACAUGGCCUUACUCUUGA